UUGAAGUUUCUUUUCUGUGUUCAAUCUUCGCCGGUUUAAUGUCCUGUCCUACGAAGGACAUCACAUUGGGGAAGCAACUCCGCCGCCUCAAAUGCAUUUCUUUAAAAGAAUUUUUUUACUUAGCUCUUCUAAUAAAUGUGGACUUGAAACUCCCCAUUUGAAGAUAUAUAUCUAUAGUUAUUGAGUUGCUGUGGUGAUGGAAAAUCUAUGUGUGAAGGUGCAUCAAUUGUCAAAAUCUAGCAGAUAUACCAGCUUACUACAGAAACGGCUUAUGACCCAAAGCAGGACUCCUGUACAGUAUGCUUCAUUUUCAGAAGUUCAGCAACUCCCUGAAAAACAGUCUAUUGCCAUAACGUUUCCUCUCCAAGAUCUGGCAAAAUUCUUGUCUCCUAAUGUGGACAAAUCAUCCUUCUACAUUUUCAAACCUAACCAGAGGGACAUCCAGACAGCAGAGAUGUUUUUCAUUCCAUCAAAGCAACACAUCAUUGAUUAUUCCACUUCUGCGGUCCGGAUGGAUCAUGCCCCAGAAAUGCCUGAGCCUGAGGUUUGCUUUUUAGGAAGAAGCAAUGUUGGAAAAUCAUCUUUAAUUAAAGCAUUGUUUUCAUUGGCCCCUGAUGUUGAAGUCAGAAUUUCCAAGCAUCCUGGUCACACAAAGAAAAUGAAUUUUUUCAAAGUGGGAAAAUUCUUCACUUUGGUGGAUAUGCCAGGCUAUGGGUUUAAAGCACCCAAAGAUUUUGCAGAGAUGGUGGAGCCUUAUUUAACCCAACGCACAAAUUUGAAACGUACAUUCUUAUUAGUAGAUGCUAAAGAGGGAAUUCAGGAAAUGGAUAACAUUGCUGUAGAAAUGUUAGAAGAAUUCGGGAUCCCUUAUGUUCUUGUAUUAACCAAAAUUGACACAGCAUCAAAAUCAGUGAUGGCAAAAAAUGUGCUACAGAUUCGAGACUUUGUAGAGAAAAAUGCUCACACAUGUUUUCCUCAACUUUUUCCUAUCAGUUCUUUGAAUUAUACUGGAAUUCAUGUAUUGAGAUGCUUCAUAGCUCAUGUUACUGGAAAUCUUCCAUUAUCCACUGAAUAAAGCAUUAUAUUUGGAAAUAUCUUGUUUCAACCUUCAUGCUAGAUGCUGUAUAAAUAUAAAUUAUUUUGGAACAAUAAAUGCUAUGUAAAUUCUAUAGUUAUAUACAUACAUACUGUAAAUACAUGCAUACAUACAUACACACUCGUGUUGAUCAAAUGUGAAUUUCAAAGAUUAAAUGUUAUGCUUAGAAGUAAGAAAAGAAAGAUCAGGUAAACUAAAUUAUGAGAAAU